GCCUCCUUGCGCCUUUAGCCGGUGGACUCGGCGGAGGUCGCUUAGGCGCCUGCGCCGUGCCUAUUUUGGGCGCAGGCGCCGAUCCAGACUGGCGGGAACGAGAACCAUGGCGUGGGUUCCAGCCGAGUCUGCGGUGGAAGAGUUGAUGCCACGGUUGUUACCUGUGGAGCCCUGUGACUUGACGGAAGGUUUCGACCCCUCGGUCCCCCCCAGGACGCCUCAGGAGUAUCUGAGGAGGGUGCAGAUCGAAGCAGCCCAGUGUCCAGAUGUUGUGGUAGCCCAGAUUGACCCAAAGAAGUUGAAAAGGAAGCAAAGUGUGAACAUUUCUCUUUCCGGAUGCCAGCCUGCGCCUGAAGGUUAUUCUCCAACACUUCAGUGGCAGCAACAACAAGUGGCACAUUUUUCAACUGUUCGACAGAGUGUACACAAGCAUAGAAAUCACUGGAAAUCACAACAGUUGGACAGUAAUGUGGCAAUGCCAAAAUCUGAAGAUGAAGAAGGCUGGAAAAAAUUUUGUCUGGGUGAAAGGUUAUGUGCUGAAGGGGCCACUGGACCGUCUACAGAGGAAAGCCCUGGGAUCGAUUAUGUACAAGUUGGUUUUCCUCCCUUACUUAGUAUUGUAAGCAGAAUGAAUCAGGCAACCAUUACUAGUGUCUUGGAAUAUCUAAGUAAUUGGUUUGGAGAAAGAGACUUUACUCCAGAAUUGGGAAGAUGGUUUUAUGCUUUGUUGGCUUGUCUUGAAAAACCUUUAUUACCUGAGGCUCAUUCACUAAUCCGACAGCUUGCAAGAAGAUGUUCUGAAGUGAGGCUCCUGGUGGGCAGUAAAGAUGACGAAAGAGUCCCAGCUUUGAAUCUGCUGAUCUGCUUAGUUAGCAGGUAUUUUGAUCAACGCGAUUUAGCUGAUGAGCCAUCUUGAUGGAGCUUACCUCUUAGGGAUGGAAGAUGAUUCUGUGGAAGGAGCCUAAGUCUGAGAAGCACAGUUCCAACCUGAGGACAGAUUACAUCACUUCUUCAAGUUAUGUGAAGGGUUUCAUCUUAAUCUGCAGCUCACGUUGAUAGUCAAAAUAUAGACUUGAUUGGUUUAAGUGUCUGAAAUGUCUGUGGAAAAGCCCACCUGGUACCUGAUGAGCAAUUGAAACAGUUUUCUCUAUUUGGGGGGGGGGGGGGGGGGGGGGGGGGGGGGACGGGGGUUUUCUGUAGCCCUGGCUGUCCUGGAACUUACUUUGUUGACCAGGCUGGCCUCAAACUCAGAAAUCUGCCUGCCUCUGCCUCCCAAGUGCUGGGAUUAAAGGCGUGCGCCACCACCACCGGGCUGGAACAGUUUUCUUAAGUUGCAUGCAUUGAAAAGAGGUCAAGUGUGACUUACUACUUAAGCAGCUUGUAUAAAAACUGAUGGCAUUUUAUACAGGCCCCUGGGGCUGCUUCAUUAGGUUUUUUACAAGUAUACAUAUAUAUUUAUGUUGAAAUGUA